AUGGUCACAAUUGCAGUCGAGGCUAUGGGACUGAGUGUCCUGGUCACGAAUGUUUACAUUCCACCUACAGUAGACGUUUCUCCCACAUUAGAUGCCUUGCAGAAUAUCCUUACGUCCUACCCGCAUGCACACCAUGUAUUGGCAGGAGAUUUUAACUCUCAUGCGGAGGACUUCGGAUAUCCGACCACAGACCCAAGAGGUAGAGAAGUUGUGGACUUCAUUGCAUGCAACGGACUCAUUCUUCAUAACGUGCCGGACAGUCUGCCGACCUUCGAGACCCAAAUGGGAAAAGGAUGGCCCGACAUCACUCUGUCAACAGCGCGUCUGGCUCAGAAAAUACAGCACUGGACCGUAAGUGACACUCCCUCAAACUCGGACCAUCGCUAUAUAACGUUCCAGAUAGGUCAGCCACAUGCGCAGUUUAUGAACAAGCGUUAUAGAACCAAUGGCAGAAAAUUAAAACAACUUGUAAGCAGGCUAGGACCAGUACUAGAGCAGGUGGACGAGGCACUUAUGAAAUGUCAGAACAUAAAGGAUGCUGACGACUUAACCACCAGUAUGAUACGAGAUAUUCAAUCUAUCUGUGAUGCCACCCUAGGCCUGAAAUCACCAAAAGUUUUAAGAGUGGCAAACUGGUGGACGAAAGAGCUCCGUGCACAGCGCAGUCGCACCAGGGCAUUUAGGCGUAAGAUGAAGAGCGAAAGAGACCCAGACAGGAGGCAAGCCCUUAGUGUGUUCUUUAUAAUAAAGAGCAAGCUCAGUACAAAAGGGCAAUUACAGCAGCCGCAAAACUUGCCAGCUGGAGGGAGUUCUGUACUAAGAAUGUAG